GUCAAAGUCUUCUUCCUUCUUUCUAAGCACACGGAGAGGCGAUGGCGACGGCGACGGCGGCGAAUACCGACGGCCCAGAGAAGUGGAUCGCAAAGGCGCAGCACAUCGUGGAGAGCCCCGUCACCUCCACCAGCGUGGAGGAGGACAUGCUUUUUGGCCACGACCUCCACCUUUCCUCCAAACCCGAUUCCACCGCCUCUGCCGCCGCCGACGACGACGAGCGCUCCAAGGCCAAGGUCCACCUGGACGCCGCCGAGAAGGUCAUCCUCCAAUCCGACCCCUCUAUCCCCGGCUUUCUCACCGCGGUUUCAGACGGCAAGUAUCUCUCCGCGGUCGACGAGAUCAUCCGCCUCUCCUGCGGCGGGGUCGACGGCGGCGUCCACGGCCGCGCCACGAGCUUACUCGAGACGGCCAUGUCCCGCCUCAGAAUAGAGUUCAGCCACCUUAUAACCACCGUUCACUCCCCAAACCUCGAUGCCGAUCGCCGUUUUUCCCGAAGUCUCUCCGUUUCGUUGCCCUCCAGGAGCAGCGAACUCACCGAGGAUUUCAGCACCUCGAUGGAGGAGGAGCGGCACGCGGUAGAGGUAAGAGGAUGGUAUUCGCUAUCGGACGAGCAGACCUUCAAUCUGAUCCCUUUCGAGGUUAUCUCUGACCUCAAAGAGAUCGCCGACCGAAUGAUAGCAGGCGGGUACCAGCAGGAGUUGUGCGAGGCCUACAUCAGUGCUUGCCGGAAUUUAUUGAAUAAUUUCCUCUCUGUUCGUGACGUCGAUCAGUUGAUAAUCGAGGACGCGCAAGCGAUGGAUUUCGAAAUUCUAUCUAGUCAGGCGCGUAACUGGUUUCGAAGAUCGAAAUUAUUUGUCACGGAUGUUCUUCCAAGGGUGAGGGAGCUCUGUGAUCGGAUCUUUGAGGACUCUGAUGAGCUUAAGGAAGAGAGCUUCAGAAAGGCCACCAAGGGUCUUGCCCUGCAGCAGUUCAACCAUGGGGCUGUGAUUGUUACAAGGCUGCAGUCACCGGCUAGCGUUUUCCUCAUGUUGAACAUGUAUGAGGAUCUCAUAGACCUCCAGGCCUCGUUCUGGGGGGAUUCACAGGAGUUCAUAUGUGGGGAGGUUGAAGAAAUUUUCGAAAGGUUGGAAAAAAUGGUGAGAGAAACUCUCGCUGAGUUUGAGGUUGCAAUUAGGAGUAGGAAAUUAUCGAAGCCACGACAGAGUGGCCAGAUAGAUCCUAUGGUCAGCUAUGGGAUGACUUACAUCACGACAUUGGUUGGUUACAGUAGCACUCUCAAUUUGCUUCUCCAUGAUGAUGGAAUUGAUGGUGGAGACAAUUCGGUGCGCGGUGAGAGCAUGACCCCGUUUGGCCAACGCAUGCACGUAUUUAUGUCAUACAUAGAACUCAGAAUCCAGGAAAUAUGCACGUUUUAUAAAGACGAUGAUGGCUUAAAAUAUAUAUUUUUGAUGAAUAACGUACUACAUAUGGUUCUCACAGUUGAGGAUUCAGGGCUGAAGGCACAAUUAGGAGACGACUGGGUCCGUACUCGCCACAGACAAAUCCAGCAGUAUGCUACAUGCUAUCUCAGAGCUUCGUGGAGUAAGCCCUUGUCUUACCUAAAGAUUGAUGGAUUAUUGUUGGGGCACGAAGGCUCCUCCAGUGUCAUAGUGGCUGUGAAAGGAAGGUUCAAGAAAUUUAACUUGGCCUUUGAGGAAAUAUGGAGCACGCAGACAGCAUGGAUAGUCCCAGAUCCUCAGCUCCGAGAAGACCUGAGAUUAUUGAUAUUGAUGACAGUCAUUCCAGGGUAUCGUACAUUUCUUGGGAUAACUUACUGUCAGUUAGGAGCAAUACUGAAACCAUCAAAGUACCUAAAGUACACUCCAGAGGAUUUAGAGAAUUAUUUGUCAGAUUUGUUUGAAGGGACAUCUGAGAAGUCAAACCAUCUGAGGAGAAAACUUGGCUCAUAAUAGAUGAGGUUCUGAGUUCAAUGGAGAACCAAAGACUUGAAGCUGCUGGAGAAAGAAGAACUUUUUGAUCUUUUUUGUGUUCGAGGUUACAAAUAAUCAAACUGUUGCAGCUAAAUCAGUGAAAUAUCAGUCCAGUCCCAUUGAAGAUAUUUCUUUUUCAAAUGGAUUUCAGUUUAUGAACAUGAAAUGGAGCCAACUUUUCCUAUAAGCUGGAGUUAACCAAGGCAGUGGUAAUCAUAGGUGGUUUCACAACCAAAACUUUCUUCAUAGGUAGCCUCAUAGAAGUUUCAUGCAUUGGUUAGUACAAUUCAAUAGCAUUAAUAGAGAUAAAAUUGUUUACACAGAGAAAGCAUGGGCAUCAACUUCACUGCCUGGAGCUAAGAAAUGCUCAAACCUUACCCAAAAAGAAGGGAUUUAAGAAUACAAAACUGGGUAAUUUUGAAGACGAACAAAAAACAGGGAAAGCACCAUAAAUGUGGGAAAAAACAAGAUAAAAGAAACCAAAAUAGAACAAGGAAGAAGUUUACAUCACCGGCGACACAAGGCAAAAGUAAAUUGUACUUAAAAUUUUGGUUAGCUAUCAGACCCUGCUAUUCUGUGGCAGGGGAACAACACCAUCAAAGAAAUCUCCGAAGUAACCAUGUGGCUCAUGCACCAGCCUGGAGAUUAUAUCUCUGAGUGUGAUCACUCCCUCCAGAUUGUCCUCCUUGUCAACAACAUAGAUUCUCUGUCUCUUUUCAGCAUCCAGCUUUAAAAUGAUGUCUUUUAUUGUGUCAUCUCUAUUACAAGUGAUCACAUUCAUCAGCAUGGGUGAGGCAUCUUGAUGCUCCUCAAAAUAUUUCUUAACACUGGUGACAAAGUCUUUGGCUGUGAUAGAUCUGCACGUCAUAAAUAUUUAAUUUUGUAAGAAUAUUUUAUCUCAACUUCCUUUCACACAAACAAGAUCAACUUGUUAACUCCCAAUGCAAACUUUUUUUGAAAAAAUCCAUGCUGUAGCCUUGAAGAGCAAAAACUAGAGCAUGCAUAAACUGAGAAGCAAAUAACAUGAGUUAAUUAUAUUCUGAAAACUUAAUUGUUUCGUUUGAAUGUAUAUGUAGACUGAAAAAAUGUACCAAAUACAUAGAGGUCGCUCUUCUAUUGACAACAAGCCAAAUCAAAGAUUUUAUAACAGAAUAAAAUAAAUUUCUUUGAUUGGUAGCCAACUAAAACUGGAAACAACAUGAGUAACUUUGACACCGAAAAUAAGAAAAAGCAAAGUCAACUGAAGCAAAAAUUUCAAAGACAGACCUGUAAGCCUUAUAUAUUUCAGGAGAAGUUAAAAGAUAUUGAACAUCUCUGAUAGUUAAAUUUGCUAUUGCCUUAUUUCCACUUCCAUCAACCACUGGCAAUCCACCAAUUCUUCUCUUUCUCAUUAGUUGGAAGGCUUUUAGAACUGGUUCCUCUUCACUCACCUGCAAGAAAAGACAAAGGUAUGAUAGAUAUUAUUUUCAGUAUUUUGAAAAUAGACAGGCAACAUUUGAUUGGGAAUUGAAGUGCCUAAAAGACAAAAGUGGAUUUAGGAUAACUUUCUAUUGUUUGAGAAUCUCUUCUAAAUCUCCUUUGUGCAUAUAUCUGCUUGUGAAAUCAGCCAGAUGCGAAUGAAAUCUGGGAGGUGACACAUCUUUUAUGGCAAAAUAAACAAGGAAAAUAGAAGAGAGAUCUGCUAGAUACUUGUAUGUCAUAUACCAGUCAAAUGAGCAAUUUUGCUAAAGUCUGUGAGAGAGUAUACAGUAAGGAAUCAUAUAAAAAAAAUCAACUUACUAUGAUGGUCAACUGCAACAUUAAGCAAACAUUCCAAAAUAUUUCUGCAACAAUAUUCUCCUCCUCUGUUAGGUUAAUCCAUUAAAGCUUGCUUUCCAGGCAUUGAAAUUUCCUUCUCUUGAGUAAAUAUCUAAUAGUGUCUCAAUUUACAAGUUUUGUUUUUUAAGAAAGAUACAAGUUCCAUUUAUAAGUUACCACCUUUUUUGUCUCCCUAGUCCCUUGAAUCCAGAUUGGUAUUUCUUAAUUAUGGGAGAUCAAAAUAUGCAAACAACAUGCAGUUCUCUUUGAUUUUGUCAAGAUAUACUUCUCAUAAAUGUCAUGUUAAGUUCAGAUGAGUGGUGUGAAAAUCUUAAAUUCUAAUCUUAUGUGUGGUAUUGCAUAUCAAGUUGUUGAUGAAAGAGCUACCGAUCUAAAUAAAAGAGAAAUUGAAGUAGCAUGAGCGCACCUUGACAACUUUAUUAGGCCUCAUCAAGGGAAGCCCCAGUUCAAGGAGCUUCUUCGUGCCCCAGUCUUCGAACCAGUGAAGCCCGACACAUUCUGCCAGCAUGUGAACGACUGCAGACUGUGUGAUGAUGUUGUCGAUCUUUGCUUCGCCCAGGUCAACCACAGGAAGGCUCUUCAUUCUGUACUUGGAUAGCAGCAACAGCAUGGUAAGGAAUGAAUCAGAGUUCUGCAAGGCAAGAAAUGGUGCCCAGCGGAAUGAUCCUGAGAUGUCUCGAACCUGUACAAAAUCAUGAAUCUAAGUACUGGAUAACCAAGCAUAAUGGUAAAAAAAAAUCCAAAUAACAAACUAUUUAUCAGUGCCUCAAAAAUCAGGCAACCUUUGUGUUCUUGUAGAAGUCUGAAGAAGUGAGAGUUUCAAAAAAGCUUCCACCCAUUGAAACUGCAGCUUCAGGGGCUGAUUUAGCCAUGACUCCACCAUGAGCUUCAACAAAUGUUGCUGUCUCCAAUGUAACAGUGCCAAGUUUAGCUGCUAGUCCAUCUGCAGCUUCUGUUGUUGCAUCAGAACCAGCAAUCAUCCCCUGUGCUGCAACUUCUGACUGCAAACAGAAUGCCAUAAUUCAUUAGCGAUGAUUAUGCAGUUCUUCAUCUCUCAUAUACUAAGGGUGAGUAAAUUUUCUAUGUUUUCAUAAUAACCAGGGCAACUGAUAGUAUGUUGCUCUCUUUUUGAGGCAGAAUUGCUUUGCAUUUUAUAGUUACUUUCUGAUACAAUGUUAAAUAGACUGAUUCUUCUGUAAGAAAAUCUCUUGCGAGGCCUCAAGCCUUCCAUUGUUGUGAAUGGAUUAUUGCUUUGCUUGAGAAUAUGGUGUGGCACUACUUUUAUUUUAUAAUGGACUUUAGAUAUGGGAGUUAUUUCAGUUU